AAAAGGCCGCCAUUUGGAUUUUCUGUAUAUCGUGUGUGCUUGGCUUUACACAACCCCACCGAUAGACUUGAAAUUUUAUACAAAAAGUUAUUACUUGUGUGUAUUUAACGAUAACGAUAAAAAAGCAUAGUUGGUGAUAAAAAAUAAAAUGUCUUCGAUGAGUGGUGACGAAAAUGAAUUGAUGGAAAAUGAAUCAGUGAGGAGAACGAGAUCCGGACGUGCGUUGAAGACCCCUGUUAAAAAGACGCCUAUCAAAAAACCUGCCACUAGAACUACGCGGGCUCGCGGCAAAGCCGUUGUAGAAACAGAAGCUGUUGAGGAAUGCACAACUGUAAUUGAAGAGUUAGAAGAAGAUUCUGCCCCAGGAAAUGGAAUGCAAGAAUUCGAACAAGUUGUAAUUGAAUCUAACGAGGAAAGCGCAUCAUCAGCGCAAUUUGAAAAUUCUGAAGAGGUUAUUGAUCCUCAAGAAGAAACACAAUACGAUCAUUUAGAUCAAGAAACACAAGGUGUACCCGAAUUAGAAGCUCCUCCACCUCCAGUUGUUAGCAACAAAACAGCUUCUACUCCAAUUUCAUCAACUCUUCGCGUUAAAGAAUCUGUACAAAUGACGGAGGACGAGAGUGACGUUAUCACACUAGAAGAUAACAGCGGAGACAAUGUUAUUCAGACGCAGGAUGAUAAUCCUGGAGAUGAAGGUAUGAAUGGUGGCCAUGUGGAAGAAAAUCAAAUCAAUGAUAUCAAUGAAGUGAUUGAUGAAAUGAAAUCAAACGAAGCUAUGGAAGAAGAAACGGAUGUUACCAUUCAGGAACAAACUGAUGAGCCUAUGGAAAUUAAUGAUACAGUGGAAGAAGUUGAAGAGAAAGAUGAUGCUGGUGACAAUGAUAAUAACCAAGAAAAAAUUAAAGAACAAGCAGAGAAUCCUCAGCCUGAAACUGAACAACAAGAAGUUGAUUCAGCUCAAGUAGACGAAGAGGGUGAAAAGAAAGAACCUGAUACUGAAGCUGUAUCCGAAGAUGAGUUCCCUACAGAAGCUGCAGCUAAGGAACCAGAGACUGAAGCAGUUUCUGACGAAGAAUUACCUGCAGCACCACCAGCAGAUCUCGGUGAAACUGAAUCUGUAUCUGAGGAUGAGCUACCUCCAGAGAGUGAAAAAAAACGAAAAGCAGCUGCUAAAGCGUCAGAAAAAACACGGGAAAAAAAAGUUAAAGUAGAGGCUGGUACGAAAAGAAAAUUAAAUGCUGAAGGUGAAUACGAUCCCAAUUCACCAACUUCGGAAACUAAUGAAGAAACUCCGGCCAAAAAAGCAGCACUGGCUACAGACACUGAGACUGAGGAAAAAACAGAAACUGCUCCACCUUCACCUAAGAAAAAAACUCUACCUGAAUUGGAUAAAUAUUGGAAAGCAGUAAUUGAAGAUCCUUCAGAUUUUACUGGAUGGACAUAUUUACUUCAAUAUGUUGAUCAGGAGAAUGAUGCUGAAGCAGCCCGUGAAGCCUAUAGUAAAUUUUUGGAACGCUAUCCCUACUGCUAUGGAUAUUGGCGCAAAUACGCCGAUUAUGAGAAGAAAAAGGGCAAUCCCGAUAAUGUACAGACGGUAUUCGACAAUGGUUUGCAAGCUAUUUCUCUCAGUGUUGACUUGUGGCUACAUUACAUCAACCACUGUAAGAGUAUCUACGAAGAAGAUGAAGAAAAAAUGCGUGAACAAUAUGAAAGGGCUAUUGAGGCUUGUGGUUUGGAGUUUAGAUCCGAUCGUUUAUGGGAAAGUUAUAUCAAAUGGGAAACUGAAGGAAAACGAUUUAGUAGAGUUACAGCUCUUUAUGACAGGUUACUUUGUGUGCCAACACUCGGUUACAUGACACACUUUGAAUCAUUUCAAGAAUUCGUAUCAGUCAACAGUCCCAACCGGAUUUUAAAUGUAGAUGAUUUCCUAGCAUUAAGGGCCGAAGUCAAGGCUAUGCUUAAAGCUGAAGAGACACCAGCAGCAGCACCUACAGAUGAUGCCCCUCCUGGUGAAGAACUACCUCCUCAUGAAGCUCCACCGACUGAUGAGGAGACACGUGCCAUUCGUGAAAAAAUAAUUAGCAGCAGACGUAAAAUGCAUAAAGCUAAUGUGAAUGCUGUCGCUGCUCGAUGGGCAUUUGAAGAAGGUAUUAAACGGCCUUAUUUCCACGUCAAGCCACUGGAACGUUGUCAAUUAAAAAAUUGGAAAGAAUAUCUUGAUUUUGAAAUUGAGCAGAAAGAUGAAAAGCGUAUAAUUAUUCUAUUUGAACGUUGUUUAAUUGCUUGUGCCCUGUACGAUGAAUUUUGGCUACGAUUCAUUCGUUAUUUGGAGUCUUUAAAAGGUGACAACGUUGAAAAGAUAAGGGAUGUUUAUGUACGAGCUUGUGAGAUUCAUCACCCGAAAAAACCAAAUCUUCAUCUGCAAUGGGCAACAUUUGAAGAAGGACGAAAUUGCUUUGAUAAAGCUGCUACUAUUCUUGAAAAUAUUGACAAUGUUAUACCUAAUAUGUUACAAAUAGCAUAUCGUCGAAUAAAUCUUGAACGCCGUCGUGGUGAUCUAGAGAAAGCAUGCACACUUUAUGAAAAUUACAUAAGUAAUAGUAAAAAUAGAACAAUAGCUAAUAAUAUUGUUGUAAAAUACGCAAGAUUUCUUUGUAAAUUUAAAAAUGACAUUGACAAGGCUGUUAAAGUUUUACUUAAAGCUGCAGAUAAAGAUAAGGAAAACCCACGACUCUAUCUUCAAUUAAUUGAUUUGGGAUUGCAAAGAAAUCCCGUUGAUACCAAGGAAAUUAUUGGAUAUAUGGACAUGUUCAUUGAACGAGAGCAUGUAGACCUUGAACAGAGGGUUCUCUUUGCCCAACGAAAAGUUGAAUUCCUUGAAGAUUUCAGCUCCGACAUCAAUCAAGUACUUCAAGCUCACGAACAAUUUCAGCAGUGCAUAAAACAAGCGAAAGAACGUAAAAAGACAAAGAACGAGGACAAUAAAAUUGAUUCAUCACCACCGAAGAAAAUAAAAACGACGGAUCCAUCUAGUGCACCACCACCACCUACUGCCAACACACAAUCUACUUAUCAGUACAGCAGUGGAACAAGUGGAACUUACCCAUCCCAACAACAAUUCCAAAGUGGACAGUAUACCAACCAAAGCGGAUAUCAGCAGAGUUAUCAGCAAUAUCCGCCGCCAUCAGAUCCCAACUAUGCAAACUAUCAAAAUUGGCAGUACAGUCAAAGUGGACCGCAGGCUUACGGACCUUAUAAUCAGUGGGGAUCUUACAAUUAUUAUUAGAACUUCUCAAUAAUUGAUAAUAAUUUUUCGACAAGUGAUACAGUACCUCUGUAAAUUUUAAUAAUUCAACGUGUGUUUUAAUGAGUACACAGUACAUCAAUUUGCGCGAAAAAAAUUAAAUAACUGAGAUAAUUUAUAAAUAUACAUAAUUACGUUAUUAAUUCUUGUGUAUUCUUAAUUAUCUCGUGACGAUUAUUGAUAUAACUAUUAUUGAUAUUCCGAAACAUGACUUUUUCUAAUCUUGAUUUUCCUACUCAAAACAGUCUUUAACGAAACUAACGCUUGAUAAUUUAUUAGAUCAGAGUUUUAAUAUUAAAAACGAAAUCAAUAAAAUUAUUAAUGUC